UUGGUGGUAACAGUCCCUGCAGUGGUAGAGUGGAGGUUCUUCAUGAUGGUCAGUGGGGAACAGUGUGUGAUGAUGACUGGGAUAUGACUGAUGCUAAAGUGGUGUGUAGAGAGCUGGGAUGUGGAGAGGCUGUAGAGGCUCUGGGUGAGGCUCACUUUGGACCAGGAUCAGGACCAAUCUGGAUGGAUGAUGUGGCCUGUACUGAAUCAGAGUCUACACUGAAGAACUGUGCAUCAGGAGGAUGGGGUGUUAGUGACUGUAGUCAUACUGAAGAUGCUGGAGUCAAAUGCUUAGGUCGCCACCCCAGACUCGUUAAUGGAUUUCACCUGUGUUCUGGGAGAUUAGAAAUUCUUCAGGGGAACACAUGGUACACAGUGUGUGCCGCUGCCUUUGACCAGCAGGAUGCAGAGGUUGUGUGUAGAGAGCUGAACUGUGGGGCUCCUGUACAGGUGCUGGGAGCAGCUGCUUUUGGCAAAGGAGACGCUCAGAUGUGGACACAUAAGAUUCAGUGCAGAGGAGAUGAAUCACACAUUCGACGCUGUUCAUUGUCAACUUCGAUUCAGUGCAGAUGA